AUGAUGGCACCGACUAUUUGGGUACAAAUUGACAAUUGUGACACGGAAAAGGUGCGGCUGGAAUCGGAGAUGGAUAUUGACGAUCUUAAAAAGAAGUUACUAGGAAAGGAUGCAAAUAAAUAUCGAGCAAUCUAUCAGAAUGUUAGGUUGAGGUCAGACACACUAAUACCUGGUGACACGACAUUUGAGCAACCCGUUUUGUUACAGUUACAAAUAGCAUCAGAUUUGACAUCGACUCAGUCGCAGCCGUUAAUCACAAAUGUAGACGGUACUUUUCAACCACACUUUGAAAAUCAAAUGCUUGGACAGUCGACUCAUGCGCACCAACGACGAGGUCAACCGCAGGCAUACGAUCCAUAUUAUUCUUCGAUAAAUCAGGGCUUACUUAAUACUAGCUACCCACCAGUCCCGGAUUAUUCAACUGGUCGCACAUCGAUCCCUUUCAGUCUGUCAUCGGGAACCUAUUCUUCUGGGUUAAAUUCGCAUUAUAACUGUGAUCAAACGUAUCAUUCAUUUGCGGCACCCUCCAAUUAUGAAACAUCAUAUUAUUCACCAACAGGCAUGAGCAUGCCUACAAUGAUGCGUCCGAGUUUUGUACCUCCGCAUGAAAUGCAACCAACGGGCAUCGGAUUCAGUUGUGUAACCAAUGACAUGAAAGUAGCGCACUUACAACAAGAAUGCUUUCGUCGAUUGGGCCCGGAACUAUUUGACAGAGCUUACGGAUAUCUACGACAGCAAAAAAUUCGACAACGUACAGACAAGACAUUAGACAAUGCCCAAAUACGACAUGAUCUGCAUCAAAUGACUCGAGACCCACAAUCCAGUGAAUUGUUAGAUCAACUCGUCUUCUUUGAGCUAAAUAAUUAA